CUGAAGCAAUAGCUAUGAUUGCCCAAGAUCAGGAAGUAUUUGAAAGGGAACACAGAUUUAUACAGGAAGAGAAAAUGGACCUGCAAAAUACAUCUGGAUUAGAAGAUGCAUCUUGGAAAUCAGUUAAUAACCAUAAUAUAUUAAGAGACUCUCAAAAUGACUUUAAUAGAGAUGCAAGUUAUUUACGACUUUCUCUGGGAGAAUUCUUUGGUCAGAAAUCUGAGGCUCUUGGUUGUCUUGGUGGAAGUGGUGAUGUGAAACGGCCAUCUUUUGGUUAUCAUAUCACUUCUCCAAAGAAGAGACAGCCCAUAGCUUUGUUGAGGCAAUCUGAUAUAUAUUCAACAAACUCUGGUGAACAGGAUUUGAAUAUUUCUAGUAAUUGUCAAGGAGAUGUAAAAGAAAGCAUUAAAAAGGAAGUUGCAUUUGCUACUUCUGCUGUUGGUGAAUCAGAUAUGCAGUCCAGAGAAAAUAGAACUAAUCAACCUAGACACAGAGAACCUGAAAGAAAGCACCUUCAACUUGAGCCCUCUGUCCUGAGUGUGAGCACAAUUGCAUCUGCAAUUGCAAAUGCUUCUGUUAGCGCUGAACCAUCACAGCUAGCUGCUUUGAUGAUGGCACUUUCAAAUAAAAAUAAAGAAGGAAUAAAUGUUCCAAAAGGUGACAAGCUCUCAGACUUCUCAGUUGUCAAUCAGUUAUUAUCAAGCAAUAUAGAAAAUAGUACAUUUGAUAUAGAAAAAUAUCUCAGAAGAGCUGAAGAAGUUGAAAGCAACAAUGAACAAGAAAACUUGAUUAAACAUGAAGACACCACCAUAGCUAAGCACAAAGUUUUGUCACUGCAUGAAUCCAAAACUUCUUUUUUGGGAGAUUCAUCUAAAGACAAUUUCAAUACCAACCAUGGAAAAGAGAAUCAGCAACUGGAAAAAAUAUAUGAGGGAAAAUGUGUUGGAGGAUUGCACUGUAGCAUUUCUUCUGAGCAGAAAGCAGAAAUGGAAUAUGUUCAGACGUCAUCGAAUACAGUGGAAUAUUUUCCAUCAAAAGAGCAAACUUCAUUACAAAAUUCAAAAGAAGACCCAUCCAAAAAUGUUGGAGUAUCUUCAGAGACCGAGUUACUAUCAAUCCCAAGUGAAACUGUUGGAAGAACUGAACCAAAGCUUAUGACAUCAACACCUGGUGUACAAAUUUCAGAUGAACAGUAUAGCUUCAGACCUUCAACUUCCCCACUGACUCAUUCAUCACCAAGUGAAUCUUCAGGAACCACUUUUACAGGGUCUGUCUUUCCUUCUACGCCACCCAACUUUAAGGAAUCAAUUUGCAAUGACAAUACAUUACGACAAUCAGUAUACUCUGAUCCUACCUUAGAACAUUUGACUUUUGUUUCUGCCACUGAAAACACUUGUAAAAGUCCAGCUCUAUCUAGUCCAACAAGAUACAAAAGUAAUCGUACCAGUGAGUUGAGUACCACAAUAGUUUGGAAUAGUCCAGGUUCAUUAAUGGAGACUCAAACAGGAAAAAACAUUGCUUUGCAAAGUAACAAAUCUCUAUCAUUGAAUGAAAAUGCAAGAACUAAGAGACUAGUUAUAAAUGAAAAUGUAGAUCAUAACAAUCAAUGUGAUAAGAAAAAAUCAACUGGAGAACUUCCAACAAGAAGCAAAGAUCAAACUACACAGAACUGUAGAAAAAACAAUGAACUGGAUCAGGGUGAUAUGCCUGCAGUACAGCAGUACUACACAAAUGCUGUUCAUGGACCAGGCUUACAGUCUCCAAAAAAACUGUCUGCUUAUAAUGAUUUAGGCAACUGUAUUUCAUUAAAUCAAAAUAGAGAGCUUUUCAAAUCCCAGAAUGCAGCUUCAAAGCUUUCGUCAAUGUCUUCUGGACUUCCAGCACUAUUAACAGGAUGUUCUCUUAAAUCAACUCCAUUUGCCCAGCAAUAUUUGGGAAGCUUGCCAUCUCACGGAAAUGUUGUUUUGCCUCGGUACUGUCCACCAGUUCUUAGUGUUCCAGCGGGUCUAAUUUAUUCUACGAUUCCUGUUGGUCACAUUCAAAGCUCAGUAUCUUCUGGAAUAGGAGUAGGUUCUGGAAUGACAGGAACAAGUCAGCAUUGCAACUUUACAUCCAACCAAAAUAUCUUUAGUGGUACCUUGCAUACUGGGCAAGCACCUGAUGCUGUGGGACUUAGGCAGAGGGAAGAAUCAAUGUCAUUUGGGUUUGAACGUGUCAAGGUCCCAGAAGAAGUAAAAUUCCCUAAUUCUUGUUGUGUGGGUCUGACAUCCCAUGCUGUCCUUAGCAUUUUUAAUCCAUCUGAACGAUGGCUACAAGUCAAUAUUUGCCUCCUUAGUAUUAUGCUUGAUGGUGAAAAGGUGGACCCUUUGAAACACAGAUGUCUGCUAUUUAAGAGCAAAGCACUCAUAGGACCUUGUGCUACAGAAGAACUAAAAAUGCUCUUUUUACCCUGUCAAGCUGGAGUAUUCCAGUGUGUACUUAAUAUUGCCUCUUGGCCAUUUUCUGCAGAUCCAGAUAUUGUCGUUCAGGCAGAGGCUUUAGGAUCUAGGGUAGUUGUGAAUGCAGUUGCUGAAAAUCCCGAUAUAGAGGUGGAAGCAGGAAGAACAAAUUCUCUUGAUUUUGGUGAUUUGCCAUAUGGCAGCUGGAAAGCGCUCCCAUUGAAAUUAACUAAUAAAACUUGUGCUAGAAUGCCAAUCAGGCUUGUUAUUCAUGCAAAUGCUGUAGCAUGGCGUUGUUUCACAUUUUCCAAGGAACCAGUAAAUUCAUCUCUUAAAAGUGCAGUUCCCUCUUAUAACAUUUCUCAACUAGCAGCUCCAUCUGUUAUAUCUCAUGUAAUGAAUGCAAGCUGUGAUACACAAGAUCCUGAUGUUUUAAUAAUAUGGGUCCUAUUUCAUGCACCAAGCAAGUGCACAUAUUCAGAUUCUUUGGGACCAGCUGAUGAGUACUUUGCAAGAAUUGAUGUGGAAAUUGAUUGUACGGAGCCUGGUAAUGUUUUAAAAAGUAUACCUUUGAGUGCAAGGUCUGGAACCCCUAGGAUAUAUGCUCCUAAAGGCCUACAGACAUUAUAUAUGUGUGCAAAAAUAGGAUCAUCAACAAAACAGCAGUUGCCAUUAAAGAAUGCUGGGAAUAUAAAAGUUAAUUUGAAGAUUGUGACAGUUGAGCCAGAUAACUGUAUAUCUAUUAAUCCUGAGGAUCUGAUUCUUAUACCUGGAGAAGAACAAGAAGUAACUGUUGAAUUUUCUCCAAAGAACUGUAAAAAUUCAGAUAGUGUUGUGAAAAUAAUGGUUUUGCCAUCCGGGCCAGAAUAUAAAGUAACAGUGAAAGGUGAUGUGUCAGUGGAAGAGAACAAACCAUUGGUACAAAAAUGCUCCAAUUCAGAAGUUCCUCCGAUUCUUGCCAAUAAACAACUUUUGAUAUGGGGAGGUGUGCAGGUUGGCAGAACAAU